UUUCGACGAGUACAAGCGUGGGAGUUCAGGGAAUCGACUGAAGACAUGAAGCGUCUAAGAGACGGAAGGCAAGCUCGGCCCCUAGGGGCAAAUGGUGAUACGACGGGACACCCUAGCGGAGACCAGCAGCCUGAAGUCCCGGCACCUGCCGACGAACCAACGACACACCGGACUCGCGGCUGGAUCGUCGACCCCAAUGGGCCAUCCGCCUCCCGUCAAGCCCAGCUGAGGCGGGUCGGAGAGGCGACACUUCGACAACAGGACAGGAUGCCAUGGUGCCGGCGCGCGGCAGCCAUCCAAGGGUGGAUCGACCAACAAACCCAGGGCCCGGGGACCGACGCCGAAGAGGAAGUAGAGCCCGAUGGCCGCUUUGCAACCGCAGGUGUCCGCUCGGCGCCCAAUCACGACGUCGCCGCCCUGAAUCGCCGUUGGUUCGGGAGUUAUGGGGCUGCCAUCGACGACGACAACGCGACCACGGACACCGACGAGCACGAGACGAUAAUACGCGACGCUCAAAGCCUGGCGUCCACGCUGCAGGACGAAGGGAACCGACACCCACUGGCUCGCGGGACCGAAUGGGACUCGCCCCUUUGGGCCGAGUGGAACCUGGCCGGUCAAGGUCGGGCAGCCACCCCUCUAGCAGUACACGACCCGCCGCAGUUGAAUGCGAGCAUCACGCAAAUGAUGCCACCUUACACAAACACCCUGACCGCUAUGUGCCCGGCUCCCCCAUUUUUCGCGACAGCAGUCCAGCGCGCCCCGCCACCUCAGCCUCAGGGGCGCCUAUAA